GUAAACAAAGAUGGUGGAUUGUGAAAAUAGUAGCUAGCUGAUACUACUGAAGACUAUCACACAUUUUAUUUGCAAAACUAUUCUUUAACAAAAUGUCAAAAUUAGAAUUGCUAAAUAUAUUUCUUAACGAGAGAUUAACCGCAGCAGCCGAGGAGAUAUUUGGUGCUGUAAAGGGUACGCUAGUUGAGUACCAGACAGAAAUAGUUCGCUCCAAGGAGGAAAACGAUCGUCUACGAAAGCUGCUGGAUAUUGCUGUACAGCGCGUUCUUAUUCAAACAGAACGCCAUGCUAGCCAUCUCACUGAAGAGGUGUCAUCCCUUGAGCAACAGCACUGUGAGCAGGAGUGGAGCCCCGAUCUAGGCCAGAACCCAGAGCCCACACGGAUUAAAGAGGAACAUGAGCUCAGAAUCAGUCAGGAAGAUGAUCAGCUUCAGAGCCUGGAUUCUGAUAGCAAAGUAGAGUCCAUAUAUACUCCUCCUUUUGAGAAAAACCUGUUUGAUCAGGACCCCCCUCAGACUUCAACUCUUCUGUCAACCCAAGCUGUGGACAACGGAGAAGGAGAUUCUUCAGCAAGAACCACGUCGAAUAUGCAGAUCAAAACGGAGAAGGAGGGAGAAGGCUACGACACAUCCAAAACAAUCAGUGACUCAUCUGUGAAUUCAGACUGCCCUGCAACUCAGUCUGAAAACGGAGCACAACCCAGUGUCAAUAGCAUCUUUCAGAGGGAUGGAUUCUUGGAAUAUAAGGCCCCGCCGCCACAGGGAACAAACAGUGCAUAUGAAAGAGAGCGGAUCGGUGUGCACAUACAUGUUAGAGGCCAGAACAUCUCUAAACUGCCUCAACAGCGAUCGCCCUAUCAACCCCAAGGCAUACAGAGAGUGUAUCGUUGCCGAGAGUGUGGGAAGUGCUUCAGUUUCUCCUGUCAGUUAGAAGUCCACAUGCGAUGGCAUACCAAGGAAAGACCGUUCAGCUGCUCUGUGUGCAGAAAAGGCUUCACCACCAUCAGCAUGUUGAGAAGACACCACCGCAUUCACACAGGAGAGAAACCCUUUCGCUGUCACGUCUGCGGGAAAUGUUUCAACCAGUCUGCUCACCUGAACACCCACUUUAAAAUUCACCCAGGGGAGAGACCACACGGCUGGAAAAUGACUCAAUCAAAGCGUUAACUGAAGAGACAUCCACGCGUGUUAGUUUGGCACAGGGGAGCAACAAUUAAAACUGUGCGGUAUAUAAAUUGUCCAUAAUUGAAAACAGAAGGUUUAAUGACAGUGAUUAUACAAUGCAUUACAGCACAGUGGGCAACGGGGGUAACUUUGAGUAAUGAACAUUUUUGUUUUUCACUGAAACACAUGAUUUGUUUUGUUGCAUGGGUCAUUUUCAGAAGUCUUGUGUGGGGACAUGCUUGGUUCUGAGUGAAUAUAAGGAUAUAAAUACUGGCAGUAUCUGUAUAUGUGUUGACUGGUGAUACAUUGUUGUGUUGUAUUUACACUAAACAUACAGGAAGCAGGGCAUAAAUAAAAACAUGUCUUUCAGUAGGCGCAGACCAAUCCAUCAAUCAAUCACUUUAUUUGAUCAUUCCUUAGGUGUUGGGUCUCACUGCUUGGGUGUUUGACUACCCUGCCUUAUUAAGGUACCAACACAGUUGUCCCUGAUUAAAUGACUUUUUCAACAUGUAGUGUAGUGAAUGUUAACUGUUUUAAUAAAGAUUUUAUCUCAUGUUUCAAGGUAACUGUUGACUAUUGUGCAAUGUUCUACCAUUCAGGCUUCAGCAAUGUGUGGCUGUAGUAACAUGCUAAUCAUGUACUGCUGUUGUAAUAGCAAUCUUCCCAUUAGCCCAUUCUUACCCAUUAGUCCAGUUGAUCUAAAUCAUUCUUCCAAUAAUGUAAAGCAAGUGAAAAUGUUUUUCAAACAUUUGUUUUAUUAAAUCAUCAAACCAUG